AUGCCAGAGAGACGUCUAUCGCGUCUGCUGAAGGCAAAACUGCUUCGACGAUCAUCGACGCCCGCGGUUCCCAAAGCGGGCAACGGGGCGGACCCGUGUGUCCACCCAAAUUCAACCUCUCGCAUCUCCAACCAUCGCGCUCUACAACCCCUCGACUCCGCCAGCGAGAAAUUCCCGUACAGCGUCGUUGCUUCGCCUCCCGAACCCUCCUUUGACGAGCCCAGUCCUGGCUCUGCUCUCGACCGGCAGGGACGCGCGGUCGAGCCUCGGCACCCGGACGAGCCUUAUCCUUCCUCUCCCUCGUUCCAGCUUCAUCACCAGCGCAAGGAUCGCAACAAUACUCCUCCACCAACCGAUUCUAAUCUCUCGUCGCUGCAUACUCCUCUCACCGAAGAGGCUCCUUCUCCUAUCUCGACUCCACUUCAGACGCCCCAGCAUUCCGACGAUAAUUCCUUCCAGUCUGCCAACGCCAAACUUCGAGCGGCGACUCCGAGCGACCUUCCAUUGACACCGGCUUUAGAAACCGUCCUUGAGCGAGGUUUGGACACUACUCAAUCGCCGUCCACGUUUUUUCCUCCUUCUGCGAGCAAGCGACCCAGCCUUGCAGUUCGUCGACAAUCUUUGCUCCCAGCGUCCCAUCAGGAUUUGAUCAGUGGACUGGUGGAACCGAAUCAAUUCUUUCCCGGCGAUUAUUACCCUGCUCGUGCACCUGAACCCACGAACGAGAUGGUUCAACGCCGAGUCUGGGUCAAACGGCCAGGUGGCUCCGCCACCCUCGUCCCAUGCAUGGAGGAUGCAGUUGUGGAUGAAUUGCGAGACCAGGUCAUCAUGAAAUAUGUCAACUCUUUAGGAAGAAACUUCGACUCGCCAGAUAUCGUGAUUCGGAUACAUGCGCGAGAAGGUUCGAAUAGACAGGCGCAUGCUGAACGUUUGCUGAGCCCCGAGGAGGUCCUUUUCUCUGUCCUUGAUUCAUACUAUCCUGGAGGUCAAUCAAUAGAUGAGGCGCUGGUGAUUGAUGCUCCAUCACGCCGGACGCCGAAGCCUUCGCCCCGUCACGCAGUUUAUCACCAUCAUCAACCGGGUGAACAUGGCGACUAUUUUCCUCUGAUGCCAGCUCAGCCGAACCCUACGCCACCCGGGCACCCCUCGGCAUCAGCACAGCCUAAUGCGCCUUCUAUAUCAAUUCUGACCACGGGGGUCGUCCCUCCCUUGCCGUCACCGGGUGGUCGUGGUUCACGGCAUCACCGCCGGCCUCCACUUACUAGACACACAACUAACUCUCCAACAAUUCACGGUCAAGGAGUUACCGUCACAGGUAUGAUCAGCUUGACUAAUUUCCAGAAGAAGCCGGCAUUUCUCCUCAUGCUCAAAUCCCCCCCGCCUGCUCCAACACAGAAUGUCCCAACCCCUCCGGCGCCUCUGCCCGACUCUCCCCAGACCAAAACACAUACACCGCCCGUACCACCGGUCGCGUCUCCGCGAACGCUUCGCAAAUCGAAGGGUGCCGCAUCACCUGGUGCGGUUUUCGGUGGAUUGAUCGAUGGAACAGUGCCGCCAAUCAACGUUUUGAUCGUGGAAGACAAUAUUAUCAACCAAAAGCUUCUGGAGGCGUUCAUGAAACGAUUGAGUGUGCGCUGGAAGUGUGCAGCCAACGGCGAGGAGGCCGUACGAAAGUGGCGUCAGGGCGGGUUCCACUUGGUGCUUAUGGAUAUCCAAUUGCCCGUGAUGAACGGCUUGGACGCUACUAAGGAGAUCCGCCGUCUUGAACGUCUGAAUGGGAUUGGUGUCUUCCCAAAAAAUGCAUCUGGUCGCUCGAGCGCAUCAAGUGCCGCUACUACCCCGAUGGAAGAUCGACGACCUAGUUUGCAUCGCUCUGUCAGCGAGGAAGAUACAUUGUCUGAUUUGUCAUUGUUCCGGAGUCCGGUCAUUAUUGUCGCCUUGACGGCUAGCAGUUUGCAAAGUGAUCGUCAUGAAGCUUUGGCCGCUGGCUGUAAUGAUUUCUUGACCAAGCCCGUUGGAUUCCCGUGGCUAGAACAGAAAGUCACCGAAUGGGGCUGCAUGCAAGCUCUCAUCGAUUUCGAAGGCUGGCGGAAAUGGCGUGGAUUCAUGGACUCUCCCCGUUCCUCCUCGCCUGGUUUCGAAAGCGCCGCUAGCCCAAUGCAAGGUGGCAGCCACCAAGAAUUUGGAUCCCAUACACAACUGGCGUCGCCACUCGUUAACCGAACUAAUGCCAAGCUGCCUCGCCAUAAAUUGCAAAGACCUCAUCUGCCCGAUGCGGGUGAAAUCUUGCGCGAGGACUCUUGGGGCAGCGGGAGCGGUGCGGAUACUGCCGAUACUGGAGACUCCGUCAGUCCCUCAGUGGAUCCGCAACCUUCUUCAGUUCCUGAAGUGGCCGGGGAAUCUCCCGAAGAACCUGCUCCGAGUGAGCAAUAA